UUAAAGGAAAAACCAAACACUUGGCGCCUUUUUUUACCUUUUUUAAAAAGGUAAUUUUGUUGGGUUUAAUAAACCAAGAUUACAAUUAAUCUACUUUGAUAGAAACUGAAUAAAUAUUCAUGAUAUCCAUAACAAAUCGUUAAAAAUUACGCUAUUUAUGCAGUGUCAAUCCGAGCAGCACAUUGAUUGGCCAAUAUUGGCUAUAAUAACAGUUGACGAAUGUUGGAUCAAUGAAUUAUGCUACUAGAAUUAAUGCAUCUAUUGUCUUUUAAAUCCGUGCCCUUCAUUAAACCAGGAAAGCAUGGAGGACGGUGAGGACGAGAUCAUUAUGGCAGUCGCCGAAAAUUUAGAAGAUAUGGAAGUGGAAGAAAGCAAAGAAAAGAAAAAAAUAGCUGCCCUGGAGUAUCAAGUGAAAACUUUACUUAAGAGACUCGAGCUAAUUAGUGCAGAAAAAAAAAUGGCUAGGCCGAGCGAGCCGGGACCGAACGAGCCGGGACCGAGCGAGCCGGGACCGAGCGAGCCGGGACCGAGCGAACCGGGAUCAACCGGGCCGGGACCAAGCCGACCGAGCCAGCCGGGGCCGGAAAAAUCCCAUUCCCAACAAGUUGAACCUGCGGCCAACAUUCCCCGGCGAUGGCAGAAGAGCAAAAAAAAGAAAGACAGAUGGCAAUGGCGAGGCGGGCGAGGCGGCCGAGACGAGCGAGGCGGGCGAGGCGGACGAGCGCCGUGA